CUGGCGCCGUCUUUUACAGCAGCCAUGGCCGGGCGUUGCCGUACCUCCAAAGGCGCGCUAUUGGCGCUGCGCGCAGCCCAGUCCUUCGCCUCGCGGAGCUGUCCGCGUUCUGCCACGGCCGCCGCUCCGGCGCCGGCACCUCCGGAGCAGCCUUUGGCUGACCCUGCCCAGCAGCUUCCAGCCUCAUCCUCCGGAGCGCGCCACCAGCAGCCGCCGGCUCCGCUGCCUCCGCCCCCCGCGGUGGACUUCGCAGACGCGCAAGAGGCUUUCCGGAGCAAGAGCAGCGGCGAGCUGGCCCGGGGGCUCCUGGUGCUCGGCCUCUGCUCGCUCGAGCCGCUGGUGGAGCACGGCGACAAGCUGAUGAGCUUCAGCCGGAAGCUGUUGGGCCAGUGGCUCUUUGAGAAGCUGAUGAAACUGACCUUCUACGGGCAGUUUGUGGCCGGCGAGGACCAAGAGGCCAUCAAGCCUCUCAUCCGGCGCUACAGCGCCUGCGGCGUGGGCUCCGUGCUGGACUACAGUGUGGAAGAGGACCUGACCCCCGAGGAGGCCGAGAAGAAGGAACUGGACUCCUGUACCUCUGCAUUUGAGAAGGAGACUGGCAAGCAAAGAGAAAAGCGCUACAGUGUGCACCGCAAGUUUGGGGACCGGAGGGACGGGGUCAUCAGCGCCCGCACCUACUUCUACGCGGAUGAAGCCAAAUGCGACCGGCACAUGGACACCUUCCUGCGAUGCAUCGAGGCCUCUGGUGGCAGUUCAGAAGACGGCUUUUUCUGCCAUUAAGUUGACUGCACUGGGGAGGCCUCAGUUCCUGCUGCAGUUCUCAGAGGUGCUGGUGAAAUGGAGGCGGUUUUUCCACCAGCUGGCCGCCGAGCAGGGCAAGGUGGGUCUGGCUGCCCUGGAGACCAAGCUGGAGGUGGAG